AGCAUGAUUGCCUGACCAUGACACUCUGUUGUACACGCACUUACUGCUCACUGACCACUCUGCUGCUCAGCCUUCCAGAAGCUCGAGUACUGGAACAACUUCAUGUACCUCAAGCUGAAAGCUCGGUAAGCGUCAGCGAGGCCUAGAAAAGCAGUCAGACCCACCGAACAAGAUUCUACACUCUUACGUUGCCCAGGAAAAUCCUAUCAAGCAAUGUCCAUGCCAAUGAUUAGGCACGAGUUGUGCAAAUCUGUUGACGCGGCGCAGACCUCACCGAUCGAAAUCAGGCCUGCCAUUCAUCCACGCCGUGAAGCCAAUCAACAGAUGGUGGAACAUCAACAGUGGCGCAGGAUUGGUAUGUCUGAAGACGGGAUUAGGAAAAUCCUCUUACAUUCGGGGCAUCCGGUCGUCAGCUCGAUGCGGUGUGGUUGCAGCUCAAAUCGGGCUGCGACAAGCAACAAGGCGUUCAGUCCUUAGGACCUUGACGCCUGUACGUCCUGUCCCAGGCCGUAGGUUGUAUGCGUAUCAAUCAUCUAUAAGACU